AUGCCGUCUCUUCGUUACGCUCUUGAACCUCCCCCAAGGCCGGACCCAUAUUCAGACGAUGACGACGAUGAGCCCACACCUCAGCUGCGAAUCUUCCACAACUACGAUGCUAGAAGACGCGCUUGCGCUGAUGGCGCUGGGCCGAGUCAUGCUUACGUCCCUCCUCCCGAAACGCCCUUUUCUUCGGAAUCUGAAGGCGAAGAUGAAGACGACGAGGAAGGGAUGAACCAACGGCCAACGAAACAGAUACGGGAUUAUUUGUCCAGCAGCUCCGAUGAAGAUGAACUUUCAAUGUCUCCAAUCGCAGCCAAGCGUAAACGAAGCGAUUCAACUGACGAAGAAGAUCUCCCUCCUCCAAAAUCAUCAAGAGAAGAGAUGCUCAGCUCAAGCGAUGAUGAUGUUCCUCUAGGAGAGUUGUGUAGGAAAGAGAAUAGCCCGCUUCAUCGAGAUUCCGCGAAUUCGGAAGUCGAUCAAGCUGAGUUUCAGCCGAUUCAUUCGGACUUAAUCAAGAACUAA